CUGUAGAUCAAAGCCUUAAGUGAGGAGGUAUUUGUUUGGGAUGAUGGAUCAUACUUAUCACAAAACUCUUGAGAAUACAGCAGUUGUGCAAUUAACUGCAGUUUUGUCAGCAGAAACAGUGCCAUGGGACAGCAUUGAUACCAGCAGUAAGAAUAUCUUCUUGAAUGCAGGCCAGUACUCAGAAGAACAUGUUCUAAAAUGCACAUUCAAAGCAUGUGAUCCAGAAGAAACAGGACAGGUUUCUGUUUUCCGCAUCAUUGAAUACUUACAAGAGAUGACAGGGCAAAGCUAUGAAGACUGGAGGCUUCAAUCUCUCUAUAAGAGAUUGGACCCUGAAGAAAGAGGGCUUACUGUUGAUUUUUCUACCUUCUAUGCUGUUAUGAAAGAUUGGAUCACAGACUGUCGACAGGAAGGGGAAGAGGCUGCUGACUUGACAAAUAGUAUCAAGGACUUACAGCAUGGCAACAAACAGCUAGCAGUGCAGAAUAUUAAACUGCAGAGAACUAUCGAGGCUGCAGAAGAGCUCAAUUCAAGACUUUCUGAAGAGAUAUCUGAGUUGAAAGGGAAGCUGAGAGGUAGCCAGCAAACACUGGAACAAGCUAAAGUCUUGGCAAAUGAAUUGGAAGAUCUGAAAGUUUUUUCAAGAAGUAUGGAGGAGGAAAAUAUUAAAUUACACACACAAGUCCGGCAGCUGGAAAAAGAGCAGCAGCUUUCCUCUGUUCAAGUGGAUAAUCUUCAGGAUGAGAACAAAAAGCUACUUCUGGAAAAAGAAAGCUCAAAGUGCAAAAUCAAAGAGCUAUUUACAAAGAAAGCCAAAAUGAAGUCCCAACUCUGUGAGUAUGAAAAUCUUAUUUCCUGCAAAGAUGCUGCUCUUAAUGAGAAAACAAAACAAGCUGAAGAGCUUACAAUAACUCUGGGUGAAUAUCGAAUGAUGGUACAGGAAUUGAAACUGGAAGUUAGUAGGCUUCAAGAACACUUAUGUCAGUCCUAUCAAGACCUAAACAUGUAAGUGCGACUGCCAACACAAAACAUUAAUGGUCCCGUACAGCCACCCGCACAACCACUCUGCGUGGAGAUUGAAGAAUCACGUAGACAGAUCAGUAAGGAUUGUGGCUUGCCUAGCCCUUUGUGUGGGAUGUUGCAUUCUUUGGUGAUACAUCCAGUGGCUGAAGGAAACAUCAGUUCUGUGGCAGAAGAAUUGGAACAUAGCAAGAAAGGGUCAGAUGAUACCAAGGCAUUACUUCCAACUUCACAUAGUUUGUCUCAGUUAAGCCUUGUGACUGAUGGUAAACUAACAUUGAAGAAUCAGGAACAUAAACAACACCAAAAUCAUCUUCCAUCAGAGAAGGGGCAAAGCGUGGAAGAAUCUGAACAGAGCCUGACAAAUGAACACACUGGCAACAGCAAGACUCUUGAAUUGACCCUAAAGAAUAGUGAUGUGUGGACCUACUCAUCUAAUAUAGAGUCUCAGUUGGUGUGUUUUUCCUUUCAAGAAAUCAUGGUUUUCAGCUCAGCAGAAUUAAGCUCUGAAGAAGCCUUGCAGGAACAUGCUUUUAUCCCAAAUGACAGUGAGCUAAUCCCAAUUGUUCGGAAAAAAACUAAUGGCCACUCAUUUGAAAUCCUACUUCAAAGAUUGUUUGAUAUUCCAUUAGGCUAUCUAUUACUGCACUUCCUCCAGAAACUGGUAUUCCUUGGGCUCCUGCUUGUGUAUGUUUCCUUGCUGGCAAUUUUCUGUUUAGUUAUACUCUACAACCAAUGUUCUUUCUGGAUUGAGCCAAAGGGAAAUUUCUGGCCUUUCUUGCAAUUGCAGUAUCGACACUCGCCACCUCUCUGACUAUCAUCCCAUCCGUUAAUCUAUGCAAAGGAAAGGAGAUUGUCUUGGAAGAUCCAACAUGAAAAUAAAUAUUCUAUGGGAAUAAAUUAAA